GCAUUUUUCAGAUUCAACAAGGGUAGGGCGCAGGGCGGCUGGCCCCCGCAACAAGACAGAGACACAAGUCAGCUACUUCCCUAGCUGAAUCGAUCAGCUAACGUGUUAUCAAUUUAUGUCUUCAUAGGAGAUUUAAGAUUUUGCUGAGCAUUUAGUUGGUUUGAUCCGCCGUUUGUCGUCCAAAAACUACAACCCGACAAAAUGACAGACCCUUCGGUGGCCGACACUCGCCGGUUGAAUUCCAAGCCCCAGGACCUGACGGAUGCUUACGGCCCCCCCAGCAAUUUUCUGGAAAUAGACGUUUAUGAUCCACAAGUCGUCGGAGUUGGACGUAACCGUUACACAAAUUACGAAGUUCGCAUGCGGACAAACCUCCCCAUUUUCAAACUGAAGGAUUCCACUGUUAGAAGAAGAUACAGUGACUUUGAGUGGUUAAAGAACGAGCUGGAAAGAGACAGUAAGAUUGUAGUACCAUCUCUGCCGGGCAAAGCCCUGAAGAGACAGUUGCCAUUCCGCGCAGAUGAGGGCCUUUUUGACGAGGUCUUCAUUGAGGAGCGGCGAUCGGGCCUGGAGCAGUUCAUCAACAGAAUUGCAGGUCACCCCUUGGCCCAGAACGAGCGCUGUCUGCACAUGUUUCUGCAAGAUGAAAGCAUUGACCGCAACUACAUUCCUGGAAAAGUAUGAAUAAAACAAUACAGACUGCUGCACCUGCCCCAUGUACAUUAAUUACGACAGCACGUCAUUAUAAAGCUGGUGGAAAUGUCAGAACUGAUAAGUAUCAACGGUGUAGGAAAAACACAACUAUCGCUCCAGGACAAAACUAAGAGAUCCAAUGUAUAAAUCAUUUGAUGUUGUGUCUGUAUUAAGCCAUUCCACAUACAGUAUGUACAUUAUAUUUUGAUUCAGUACCAGUGAAAAAGAAAACAUGUUCCAUAUGUCCUUUUGUCAUAGCUAGAUUUUUCUUUUUUUUUUACAAUUGAUUAUUAUGUUCUCUGAGUGUCUUUUACAUUUAUUUGAUCAAGUUUAAAAUUAGGGUAAUUUCCUGCUUUGAUUAAUGUCUUCUUUUGCUAGCAGUGAUGUGAUUUUGAUGAUAACUUCCCAAAGUCCAGCCACAUGUAGCAUCACGAAAGACAUUUAUGUUUCAUUCCAGUCAAUACAAAUGUUCGGAAAAUGCUUUUAGACGGGAUUGUUUCAUGAUUUAUUGUUUUAACUCUGCUGUCUUAGUUACAUCAUCAUGCCUACACUUCGGCUGUGUGUUGUCAAAUCAGCUAUUUGGAAUGUUAAGUUAGGUAAAUAACCAUAUCUAAGCACUGUGACAAGAGGUUCAUUAUAUGAACAAUAAUUCAUGUUUAAAGGCGUAAUCAGCAUCUGGUUUAUUGAUCUCAAAUAUGGCUUAUUCUGUGCUUAUUUUCAGCUGGUUUAUUCUUUCUAUCAAUGUUAUUGUGAGGUGUAUUAAUACAUGUUAUCAUUGCAGUUUCACUAUGGGUUACGAGGAACUCCCUUGUUAAUUCUGUCCACCGAUUAAAUUUCCUGCUGCCUGCUGGUUCAUGUCUA